CACUUCCGCAAACUCCGACGGAAGCCUGAGAGCUGCUGGACGAGAGCCAAUCAGAGAAACGCGUUUCCUGUAUAAAUACCAGGGCCGCGCACUCUUCCUCCCGCUUCUUGAUCACGAUGGCUCGCACAAAGCAGACAGCUCGCAAGUCCACCGGCGGCAAGGCCCCGCGCAAGCAGCUGGCCACCAAGGCCGCCCGCAAGAGCGCCCCGGCCACCGGCGGCGUGAAGAAGCCCCACCGCUACCGGCCCGGCACCGUGGCGCUGCGCGAGAUCCGGCGCUACCAGAAGUCGACCGAGCUGCUGAUCCGCAAGCUGCCGUUCCAGCGUCUGGUGCGCGAGAUCGCGCAGGACUUCAAGACCGACCUGCGCUUCCAGAGCUCUGCCGUCAUGGCUCUGCAGGAGGCCAGCGAGGCCUACCUGGUAGGUCUGUUUGAGGACACCAACCUGGCGCCUGGGCAGCUUGAGAUUCAUUCUCACAUCCUCGCAACGAUGUCUGGUCGCGGCAAGGGCGGGAAAGGCCUGGGCAAAGGAGGCGCCAAGCGCCACAGGAAGGUCCUGCGCGACAACAUCCAGGGCAUCACCAAGCCCGCCAUCCGCCGCCUGGCCCGGCGCGGAGGAGUCAAGCGCAUCUCCGGCCUCAUCUACGAGGAGACCCGCGGGGUGCUGAAGGUGUUCCUGGAGAACGUGAUCCGCGACGCGGUCACCUACACGGAGCACGCCAAGCGCAAGACCGUCACGGCCAUGGACGUGGUCUACGCGCUCAAGCGCCAGGGCCGCACCCUCUACGGUUUCGGCGGCUGAACUGUCAGGUUCGCUUCUAAUAAAGGCCCUUUUCAGGGCCACCCA